AUGCCCUCGCGGCGGCCUUAUUCCGUCCCCGCCCAUCACCCAGAUCGUCGCAUUCGCGCUUGCCUCGAAACUUUCUCUCGUCGCCCACCUCGUUUUUCUUUUCCCGUCCCAUCGCCCUCGCGCUCCCCCCUCCUGUCCCGUUGCCUUCACAUUCACCCUUCCCGUCCCGUUGCCGACAAGUUCUCCCCAUCCGUCCCUCCCCUUUGCCUUCGCGCUCUCCCUUCCCGUCCCAUCACCUUCGCGCUCUCCUUUCCUGUCCCGUUGCCUCUGCGCUCUCCCCUCCCGCCCCGUUGCCAUCGCGCUCUCCCCAUCCGUCCCUUCCCGUCGCCCUUGUUCUCUCCCUUCUCGUCCCAUCGCGGUCGCGCUCUCCUUUUCCGACCCCUCGCCUUCUCGCGCUCCUCUCCCGUCCCGUGGCCUUCACGCUCGCACCAUCAGUCCCUUCCCGUUGCCCUCACGUUCCCCCCCUCAUCCCGUCCCCCUCGUUUCCCCUUUCUUCCCGUCGCCAACAUGCUCUCCCCUCUCCUAUCCCUCCUAACACCCCGCCGUCGCCAGUACAGCCCACCCAGCCGUCGCUCUCCCUCCCAUCCCCCGUAUCUCUCCCGGACUCCCCCCCGUCACCUCACCCUCCCACUCCGCCAUCGCCUCUUCCUCCCACCUCACAAUCACUCCGUCCCACCCCGCCAUCUCCUCUCCCUUACCUCCCCGCCGUCGGCUCUCCCUUACCUCCCCGACGUCGCCUCUCCCUCCUCCCCGUCGUCGCCUCUCCCUCCUCCCCGCCGUCGCCUCUUCCUCCUCCUCGCCGUCGCCUCUUCCUCCUCCCCGCCGUCGCCUCUCCCUCCUCCCCGCCGUCGCCUCUUCCUCCUCCUCGCCGUCGCCUCUUCCUCCUCCCCGCCGUCGCCUCUUCCUCCUCCUCGCCGUCGCCUCUUCCUCCUCCCCGCCGUCGCCUCUUCCUCCUCCUCGCCGUCGCCUCUUCCUCCUCCCCGCCGUCGCCUCUUCCUCCUCCCCGCCUUCGCCUCUUCCUCCUCCCCGCCGUCGCUCUCCCUCCUCCCCGCCGCUCCUCCGGCAACAGGUGCCUGGAGCGCAAUCGCGGGUUGGUGA